AUGCCAGAACACGCUGUUAGAAUUGUGGAGGUCGGACCUCGUGAUGGUUUGCAAAACAUCAAGGAAAUGGUACCAACCAGAACGAAGAUCGAACUCAUCGAACGACUUGCUUCCACUGGCCUCCAAACAAUUGAGACGACUUCAUUCGUGGCGCCCAAAUGGGUGCCUCAAUUGGCGGAUGCCAAAGAUGUUAUGCAAAGCAUUAGGCCUCUAGUUCAUGCGAAGCGCGACAUUUCGUUCCCUGUGCUGGUGCCUAACGUCAAAGGAUUUGAGGCAGCGCUUGAAGGUGGAGCCAAGGAGGUCAGCAUCUUCCUGUCCGCUAGCGAAGGCUUCAGUCGCAAGAAUAUUGCUUGCAGCAUGGCGGAAUCACUUCAAAGGGCUCAGAUGAUCGCUCAAGAGGCUCGAAAGCAUAACAUCAGAAUCAGGGGUUACCUGUCCUGCGUGGUCGAAUGUCCAUACGACGGCCGUACCCCACCUGUUGCGGUCUUGGGCAUGGCUAAACAGAUGCUGGACAUUGGUUGUUAUGAGAUCAGUCUUGGGGACACGACCGGAGCAGCAACGCCGGGAGACGUCCGCCGACUCCUUGACAUUCUCUUGAGUGAGAUUCCCGCCGCCAGACUUGCUGGUCACUUUCACGACACCUUCGGACAAGCAGUCGCAAACGUAGUGGAAGCAUAUCAGAUGGGGAUCCGUGUUUUCGACAGCAGCGUGGCUGGUCUAGGAGGAUGUCCAUACAGCCCUGGAGCGAAGGGCAAUGUCGCGACGGAGGAUAUGGUAUAUCUCUUCGAGAACAUGGGCAUCGCCACGGGGGUCGACUUGAACAAACUCUCGGUCAUCGGUGAUUGGGUCUCUCGACAACUUGGUAUCAGCAACAGUAGUCGUGCUGGCGCGGCUCUGAUCAGCAGGCGGUCCAUGAGACAAACGACCGUGUCCGAGCGCCCAGCUGGAUUCGAUGAAUGGCGGUUGCUGCAGGACUUGGGCGAAUUGUUGGUACAUCGCCUCGGAUCAACCAUCAAGAUCACAAUGCAUCGGCCGAAGAACGGAAAUGCCUUGACUGCAGACAUGAUCAUUGGCUUGAUCAAGCUGAUGAGGGGCAUUGCCUCGGACUCUUCUUGUUUCACAAUUGUCCUGACGGCCGAAGGAAAAUUCUUCUGCACCGGUAUGGAUCUGAAGAAUGCAAAGCCAGAAUCGAGGAAGCAAAACUUCGAACGACUAAGAGAGCUAUUCGACACUAUCGAAGAGGCGCCUCAAACCACCAUCGCGUUUGUGAACGGUCCAGCUUAUGGAGGAGGUGUUGGUCUGGCUUUCGCUUGCGAUAUUCGACUUGCUGCUGAGAAAGCGACUUUUCAGCUAACUGAAGUUCGACUGGGUAUCUGUCCGGCUGUAAUAUCCAAGUUUGUAUUCAGGGAGUGGGGAAUCGCAUUUGCUAGAGAGGCCAUGUUGAGCGCCAGAUCUGUUUCGGCAAAAGAACUUGCAACAAAGACUGGUGCGAUACAUGUGGUGGCCAACUCUCAAGAGCCAGCGAUUGCUCCAACGCUAGAUCAAUAUAUACAAGAUCUCACAUCAUGUGCUCCAGAGGCUCGACGCCAGGUCAAGCAUCUAGCAAGAGCGGCCUGGAAGGAUCAAGGUCGCGUAGAACAGACCGUGUCCAUCGAGAAGGCCUUCGACGACAUGAUGUCAUCAGAGGAACAACAGAUUGGGGCGAUGGCCUUCUCCAAGGGUGUACGGAAGGUGGCCUGGGAGAGUGUCUUGAGCAAGCCGAGAUCUGCGAAGCUUUGAGAGGUCAAUCAU